AUGAUCAGGAUCUUCCCGGACUUCAGCGUGCAGGUGACGGCGGCUCCAGGAGCUGGAGGGGCUCCUCCCGAGCCUGGGGCGGCCAGAAGCGGGGGUGCCAACGGGAGCCACUCGCACAAUGUGCCCGGGGUCAGCUCCUACCAGCAGCGGGGAGCCUCCAGGCCUAUGACUGCAUGUCCCAUCCCUUGUCCUCCAGACCUCAACUUAAGUUUACAAGCCCUGCGGAAAGAGAAAUCCAGGGAUGCUGCUCGCUCUCGACGUGGAAAAGAAAAUUUUGAGUUUUACGAGCUUGCCAAACUGCUUCCUCUCCCUGCAGCCAUAACCAGUCAACUGGAUAAGGCCUCCAUCAUUCGGUUGACCAUCAGCUACCUAAAGAUGAGAGAUUUUGCCAACCAGGGAGACCCGCCGUGGAACCUACGCAUGGAAGGCCCACCUCCCAACACCUCUGUCAAAGUUAUAGGAUCCCAGAGGAGAAGAAGCCCUAGCUCUGUGGCCAUUGAUGUUUUUGAUUCUCAUCUUGGGAGUCACAUCCUACAGUCUCUGGACGGAUUUGUAUUUGCACUAAACCAGGAAGGAAAAUUUUUGUACAUUUCGGAGACUGUGUCCAUCUACCUUGGCUUGUCUCAGGUGGAGCUGACAGGAAGCAGCAUUUUUGACUAUGUUCAUCCAGGGGACCAUGUAGAGAUGGCAGAGCAACUUGGCAUGAAACUUCCCCCAGGGCGUGGACUUCUCUCACAGAGUGCCAAUGAUGAUGGAGCCAGCUCAGCUUCAUCAUCCUCACAGUCUGAGACCCCAGAGCCAGUGGAGUCCUCCAGCCCCGGGAUCCUCCCUCAGGACAACUCUCUAGAAAGGUCUUUCUUCAUUCGGAUGAAGUCAACUCUGACUAAGAGAGGGGUGCAUAUUAAAUCCUCGGGGUACAAGGUGAUUCAUGUAACUGGACGAUUGCGUCUCCGUGUAUCUCUCUCUCAUACUCGCUCUGGUACUGGACAGGUCAUGGGCUUAGUGGUUGUGGCUCAUGCACUCCCUCCUCCAACCAUCAAUGAAGUCCGCAUUGACUGCCAAAUGUUUGUAACACGAGUCAAUAUGGACCUCAAUAUUAUAUACUGUGAAAAUAGGAUCAGUGAUUACAUGGACCUUAAUGCUGUGGAUUUGAUGGGAAAAAGAUGCUAUCAUUUCAUUCAUGCAGAAGACGUGGAAGGCAUCAGGCACAGCCAUCUAGACCUGUUGAACAAGGGCCAGUGUGUAACCAAGUAUUAUCGAUGGAUGCAGAAGAAUGGCGGCUACAUCUGGGUGCAAUCUUGUGCUACCAUUGCAAUCAAUGCUAAAAAUGCCAAUGAGCGAAACAUCAUCUGGGUCAACUACAUCCUCAGUUUGCCUGAAUACAAGGACAUUCCAAUGGAUAUUGCUCAGCUUCCACAUUUGCCUGAAAAGACAUCAGAAUCCUCAGAGACCUCUGACUCGGAUUCAGACUCCAAGGAUAAUUCAGAGGAUAAUGAUAAUCCCAAGUCAGAUGGAAAGGGUAACCUGUCUGAGCAGAGUGAGGAUCCAGAGCCAGACCGUAAACAACCUGGUCAACAUUCUGAUCCAGAAAUGAAUUGCGAUGAAGAUGCUAACAGCUCAAGUGAUGCUUGUAGUGAGGAGAGUGAAGAAAGUGAAGACUGUGAGGUUAGAAAAGCAGCAGAAGAGAUGGAACAAGGAGGCCUAAGUGCAUUAGGGAGUAUUAGUUCUUUGGGAGCACUUGGUCCCAUGCACAUUAAAGUAGAGCGAUACACUGAAAGUGAAACAGACAUGCGUGGACCUGAAUCCCUGAGUUCUGGCAGUGCCAAAGACUCUGAGAGUGGAGAGGAGGAAGAAGAGGAUGAUGAGGAGAGAGCAGUCUGUGUCUCUGGUGUGCUAGGUAGACACCAACGGAGAAAAAGGAGGCGGAGAAAGAGUUUAGGGCAGUGUGGUGGCCGCAGGAGACGUCUGUCUGGGGGAUCCAGCCCCAGAGGAAUAGAGGGAGCACUAGGGGAUCCUCCAAGACUGCUUCCUUCCACUCCUCCCCCUACAGGCACCUGUUCUACGUCAUCUGUGCUGAAGAUCAAGACAGAAAUGGCAGAACCUAUUAACUUUGAUAAUGACAGCAGUAUUUGGAAUUUCCCGCCUAAUCGUGAAAUCUCACGCAAUGAAUCCCCCUAUAGUAUGACCAAGCCUCCAGCAGGGGGUGAGCACUUCUCCCCAUCCCCAUCAUCUUCUACUGCUGCACCUCCAGCCCUUCAUGUCUCUAUACCAGACUCUGUUCUCACACCCCCAGGUGGGACGGAAGGAGCUGGGCGCAGCAAAGCGCAAUAUUCAGGAUCCUCAGGAGGCUUGGGUCCUGUUAAUUCAGAUCCACUUUCACCUCCACUGUCUGCCUCACCUCGCGAGAAACCUCCCCAAACAGGCGGCCCAUCAAAUUCUCUUCUGUAUGCAGGAGAGUUAGAAGCACUACAAAGGCUUCAGGCUGGCAAUGUGGUCCUUCCUCUUGUGCAUCGUGUUGCAGGAACCCUUGCAGGAACAGGAAGCAGUGGACAGAGGGUGUACACCACAGGCACCAUUCGUUAUGCCCCAGCUGAGGUGACAUUGGCCAUGCAGGGCAAUCUGCUCCCUAAUGCCCACCCUGUGAACUUUGUGGAUGUAAAUGGUCCUGGAUUUGCUCUAGACCCCAAAACCCCAAUGGAGAUGCUGUACCACCAUGUACACCGACUAAACAUGUCUGGUCCAUUUGGAGGAGCGGUGACAGGUGCUGGUCUUACCCAGGUCCCUGCUGCCAGUGUCUUCACUACAGCUGAAGGAAUUUUCUCCUCUCUUCCAUUCCCAGUGUACAGCAAUGGUAUUCAUGCAGCACAGACUCUAGAACGUAAAGAAGACUAAGAAAAACAAAGAGGAAAAUGACUGAAAGAGAGAAAGAAGAUAAAAUAGACUUCAGAGAGCAGAGAAAGACGAUAUAUAAUAAUUCAGAAUGUAGGUGGCUUUGUACUGGUGUUAGGGGCAGCUAAACCUGGCCACCCCAUGUCUCCUCCGCUGCUCCCUAAUCCAAAGCCGCAAGAGGAAGAGGUGGUCUUUCAGACUCAAUCCAAAUUAAUAAUAUCCUCCAAAACAUAUUGGGACCACUCGCCCUGUCUUCCACAUUUCAUACUUAGCUGGGCUGCAUACAAUAAAUGUUUCUCCAUCAGCCUCCUUUUCUGCGGCUUUGGUUUAGCUGGCAGAUGCCUCUCCGGGGACCGCUCGCACUGUGCCCUUUGCUCUGUCACUUAGAGGAGGGAGCAACGGCUGCAUUCUGAUCCUUUACAACAUAAAUUUAUUCCAGCACUUUGACUCACAUCUCAAAUUCCCUCUUUUGACCCGAAACCUUUAUGGGCUUCUUUUACUCCUCACCCUGUCACUGCCAAAAUACUGAGACAUUGAAUGUGUUGUAAUGUUUAUUUCUCAGAAUGUUUGGACCUCUCCUUCUCUGCUGCUAGACAUUGGAGCCAUUAACUUUUUAUUUACCAGAAGAACAGUACCAUGCAUACUUCUCUGGCAAGGAAAGAGGUGGCAGGCAUGCACUACUAGAUGAUUGAAGUAUAGUCAGCCUUGCAUUGACCCCCAACAUUGCAAAAGGGUGUUGACUGAAACAGCCUAUAAACACCUGUGUAUUGAAGUUAACAAAGAUGCCUUUUCAAGGGAAAUGUUAUGGGUGUGUAUAUUUUAUCAUACACACGUCACGUGCAGGAACAGAGAGUUUUCCACACCAGGUUCACAUACUGUGACAAAGAUGUGUGUAUGAAUUCUCCUAACCACAGGAUAAAAUUCAGGUAUAUGAUGCCCAGCUGUUACUGAGGAAAUGUCUUCUAGACACCUGAGAAGGAGCAUAAGGUUCUUCUGGCAGUUAUCAGUAGCCAAAUUACAGUGUUUGCUGUUAAUUGCUGCCAUUAUGAAGUAUAAGGACUGUUUUACUAUAAGUUUACAAGGAAUCUAUUGUUUCCCCUCUCAAAAUUUUCCAACAUUACACUGUUGUAGAUGUUUUCACAGCAUCCAACCAACACACCAUAACAAAUAUUGUCAGAAAGAUUGUGAUUACUCCUUAUCUGAAGACAUUAUCUAUUCUUCCAUAAAUAAGAUAUUUCAGGGGAGAUGUAUCAAUCUGAUUCUACACUGGCAUAGUUGCCCAUAGCAACCAAUCAGAUUCCACCUUUCAUUUUCCAAAGGAGCUGUCAAAAAUAAAAGGUCAUUUUCUUGCUCCUCAUGCCUGCUCAGAGAAGAUUUGAAAAUAUUGAAGUCAUUUAAAAGGUCUUUUCUGAUAAUUUCAGGAGAAGGUGCCAGGAUAAUGGGCAGGAGCUGGUAGAGAUUAGGUUGGAAGAUUGGUGGGACCAUGAGAAGGAUUGGAAGCAGGAAGGCCUUGUCAGCAGUUGGGGGUUAAAUAGAUAAUGCAUACCUCAGAUUUUUCAUUAUCUUCUCUUAGAUCCCAAAUCAAUUGUGGAAACAGCAGUGGUAAGGCGCUGGAGGAGAAGUUCAGGUUUGGAUGUAAGAUCACUAAUUGCAGAGGUAGGAUAUACAGUAAACAAUUCAUCUGGUAUCCUGGCAUUAAAGUGACAGGAUUAAUAGAAAUGGUCUGUAUCACUGGGCAAAGUCAGAAGAUGAUAAUGUUUUUUCUAUACACAUUAUACUAGCUCUAGUUAAAUUAGAAUCUUUUUCCUUGUCAAUCAGAUAAACUGUUACCCCUUACUGGGAUGAGGACAGGGUAGUCCUUUACCUUAAAUACAAGCAACGUUUUGCUUUGUUACCUACUCACAGGCAACUAAAGCUAUUCUAGUGCUUCAAUCCAUGCCGCUCACUAACAAUAUAAGCCAGGUUGUUUGCCCAGACAAAAUAAUGAUAUGGAAAAAGUGGGUUACUUUGCAGAUUCCUUUUUUGCACAAAACACUUUACUGACCCGUCGUGUUUUUGGUGUUACAUGUUGUGUGUCCCCACCAGCACUGUGUUUCUGUGUUAUACUUUACAGUAAAUGGAGGGUUAAAAAGUAAGACAUAGAAGUCAUCUUAACCUGCAUAUUUUUAACAUAUAUGUUUCUCUUGCUUUGCUACUUUCUGUUCCAUGUCUAAAAAGCUUAGACGGGCUUACAAGUUCCUGUAAACAACUAACACAUAGAAAUGAUUUACUGUAUUCUCAGUCAGAAAGUCUCAGCCAAAUCUUUGGAAAAGGCAAAUGGGAUUUUCAGGAUGUAAGAAAAAAAGUUAAGAACAAGACAAGUGCAGGCAUUGACUGAAGGGGGGAAGGGAAUCUGAGUCAUUCAGAAACCAAAAGUGUGACGUUUCAUGGAAUAAUGGAUUUUUAUUUCCUAGUUCCAGUCUGUUUGGCAGCUUAUCUGUGACACAUCUAUUACCAGGUGUGAGACUUUGUAAUGUGUUGCUUCGUGUAUUAAAAAAAGAGAAAAAAACACAAAUCUAAAGAGGUUUAGAAAAAAGAAAAAAAAAACAUUUCCAAUUGUCUUUUAGCUGUCUCAUUCCAGUUUCAACGUGUGUUACAAUAUGCAGUAUAUUCUAAGCUAAUGUAAGUGUUUAUAUCUGUUGUCUUUCUCUGUGCUUUUAAAACUGUAGUCUGGGUCUGUCACGUUCUUUACUCCCUGUGUGUCAGUGAAUCGGUGGUACCUGGGGGCUUGUGGAUGUUUGUAUAGUGGCAACGCUGCUUUCACUGUUGGUACACCCUAUGGGUAACUUUGCUCUUUCCUUGUUUUAUUUUGGCUAUCGCUUUUACUGUUGUGAAAUUUCAGUACUCUGUCUUAAUGACUGUUCUGUAAUUUUUACCUAUGUCUUAUGUCUGUCUUUCCUACAUAAACCAGCAAAGAUCAUUUUUGAUUUAUUUUUUUUAAAAGCCACCGACAUGCUUUGUGCAAGGGAGGAAAGAACAGCUAUUUUUUCUUUCUCCACAUAGAGAUUAACAUCUCUGUGAUACUGUAGCUGUAGAGAAGUUGAUCUGACAUAUCAGUAGCCCAGUGUACUUUGCAUCUAUGCUAUCUAGAGGAGGCUCAUUAAUGGUGAUAGAAACAUUGGUGUAUUUUGUACACUUUUAUCUAGACCUGUCAGUCUUCUUUUACAUAUGUUAGUAGUCCAUGCAGUCCAUCUCUGCCUGAUGCAGCCAUUAAUGCUCUUUUUUUGUUGUUGUUUUUUUUCCCCCCAAUUACCAGCAUUGCAGCCUUUUAUUAAACUGAAGGGUAGCCCAGAUUAUCACAUUAUAAAGAUCCUACACAAUAGUGGGGUACUUUAUCACCAACCUGCAAUACAUGAACUCUUAAUUCUAAUUGCUCUGUCUCUAUCUGUUGCUGCUUUUGAACAAUUUUCUAGGCAUGCAUUGCUUCUACCUCCUAUAUUUCGAGAGAGGCAAAUUAAAAAGAAAUAAUACAAACUGCAAGUGUUAAGCCUCCUAUGUCAUGGUCUUUUGUGUCUCCUUGCAGGGAAGGGGUUAAUGUAAUGUGGACCCUAGUUCUCUGCCAGAAAAUCCAGCCAUAAAUCCAGUACUAGAAAACACUCCUCUAGAAUUUUCUAGAGGUGGAAUGGGUCAGUAUGAUGACUCCCUGCACAGACUUGGUGGUUGCAAAACACUGAAAUCUCACAUUAGAUUCUUUUUUGCUUUAUCCUUUGUCUUCCAUUCUUGUUUUCUGUUUGUUACUCUUCUGUUUCUUUUUUUAAUAUUUUUAAUAGGUGUUUGUGUUGUGUUGAAGAUUAAAGAAAUAAUAUUAUUAAUAAUAAACUAUUGAAGAUUUCUGGUUAUUUCAAUUGAGCAAGUUUAACAGCUGCUUUCAAAAUAAAUUGUCUGACCAUUUUCAAAAAUGACAAAAAAGGUCAUUUUUUAUUUGUGACAACUGUGUCUGUGUUUUUAACUGUUUCUUGUAAAUUAAUAUGAAAACGUUAUGAGGUUGGUGCCACUUUGGUUUAUUAUUCAAAUAAAAAGGGAGGGUUAAUAGGAAAUAGAGUAAAAAAAGUGUACCUGUAAACCCAGCAGUGUUACCAACUUAAACGUUUAAAAGUAUAUAUAUUAAAACGUUAAAAAAUGUGAACGUUAUGGGUACGUUUUAUCGUGUUUUGAAUACUAACUCAGUUUUAACUCAACGUGCCUCAUCUGUUGUAAAAAAAAAAAUAUAAGAAAAACAUUAUUUUUCCAUUAACCAUCAAAUUAAUACGGUGCAGAAAAGAAAUGAAAAAAAAUAAGCAAAAAAAUCUGUACAUAAUUUCAUUUUUUUUAAACAAGGUUCUUUUUAUACUUUUCUAGGCCUGCUUACACACCAUACAUGCUGUCUUUUAUGUAAAUUAAU